CCAGUGGCGUCCGUCUUCCGCUCUCUUACGGCCUCUCAUCAAUUGAAAGGUUACUGUUACUUCAUUACACUUGGCUAAGCUUGCAAAGUUGCAAAUCCAAACUUUUAUAUUACAGAGGAACAUUCGCUUCAACGACAAGCAAUGGAGCCCCAUAGCCAGCAAUUACCUGUUGUUGGUACCCUCCAAAACCUUCCUGAAACGCCCACUUCCAAAUUUCCGACCAAUAUUGUUCACAAAGUGAGAGAAAAUUUGGUCUUUCAAUCAAAAUGGGCAGAAAUCAAUGGUGCCAUGGGAGACUUAGGCACUUACAUCCCAAUAGUCAUGGCCUUGACCCUAGCCAGUGACCUUAACCUGGGCACAACGCUAAUAUUCACUGGCAUGUAUAAUAUUGUCACUGGUGCAAUUUAUGGCGUGCCAAUGCCAGUACAGCCCAUGAAAUCAAUUGCUGCUGUUGCUAUAUCAAACAAAGAAGAAUUUGGCAUCCCAGAAGUUAUGGCAGCAGGAAUUUGCACUGGGGGAAUUCUAUUGAUUUUGGGUUGCACAGGUUUGAUGCAGCUAGUUUAUAGGCUAAUUCCACUAUCUGUUGUUCGGGGGAUUCAGCUUUCACAAGGGUUAUCAUUUGCAAUGACUGCUGUUAAGUAUAUUAGGAAGGAUCAGAACUUUUACAAGUCAAAGUCAGGUGGAGAUCGACCCUGGUUGGGGUUGGAUGGGUUGGUUUUGGCUGUAUUUUGUGCUUGCUUUAUUACUGUGGUCAAUGGUGCAGGGGAGGAUAGAGGAGAAAGAGAGAUUAAUAAUAGCAAUUUGUGUGAAGAAGAAAGGCAUAGGAGUAGGAGGAGGAGAAUUAGGAAAAUUAUUUCCUCACUUCCCUCUGCUUUUAUGGUCUUCUUGCUGGGUGUGGUUUUGGCAAUUAUAAGGAGGCCUAAAGUGGUGCAGGAUAUUAAAUUAGGACCAUCUUCUAUUCAGGCGGUGAAAAUCUCCAAGCAUGCUUGGAAAGAAGGGUUUAUCAAGGGCACAAUUCCUCAACUUCCUUUAUCAAUUCUAAAUUCUGUCAUUGCUGUGUGUAAGCUGUCAGCUGAUCUUUUUCCAGGCAAGGACUUCUCUGCUACCUCUCUUUCAGUGACUGUAGGCCUAAUGAACUUAGUGGGAUGUUGGUUUGGGGCCAUGCCCUGUUGCCAUGGUGCAGGAGGCCUUGCUGGUCAGUACAAGUUUGGAGGUAGGAGUGGUGGGUGUGUUACCCUUCUGGGAGCAGCCAAAAUGGUCUUGGGCUUGCUUAUAGGGAGUUCUUUAGUGAUGGUUUUGGACCAAUUCCCAGUUGGGGUCUUAGGAGUGCUACUAUUGUUUGCUGGAAUAGAGCUAGCUAUGGCUUCAAGAGACAUGAACACAAAGGACGAAUCCUUUGUGAUGCUUAUAUGCACUGCAGUUUCGCUUGUGGGUUCUAGUGCAGCACUUGGCUUUGUGUGUGGGAUUGUUGCGCAUGUUCUUCUUAAGUUGAGAUCUGGCAUUAUGCAUAGCACAAGAAUUCCAUAGAAAUUUAAAUUUGUAUUGGGAUUUUUAUUUUCUGCCUUUUCGUCAGGGCACUGUGAUUCUGUGAAUCCAAUGUCCCUUCCAAGUUAUGAAAACAAAUAAAAACUUUUAGUGUACUACUUUUUCUUUAAUUUGAAGUGGUCUUAUUCA